AUGUUCUUGGUGGAUACUUGGCCUCAUCGGCUUCUGAUCACUGGCUAUUGGAGGAGCAUCGGCGGAAACUACAAGAAUUUCGUUGAAUUGAAAGAAUACAAUAAAGACUUGAAAAUAUUAAUAGCAGUAGGAGGAUGGAAUACAGGAUCCAUUAAAUUUUCAAAACUAUCUUCAGAUUCUAAAAAAAGGAAAGUUUUUAUAGAUUCUGCAUUGAAUUUAGCAAGAAAACACAAUUUCGAUGGAGUUAAUAUCAAUUGGCAAUUCCCUACAAGAAGAGGUGGAAAUCCUAAAGAUAAAGAAAAUUUCGCACUCUUAAUUAAGGAAAUGUAUGAAGUCUUUAAAUCAAAUAAAUUAAUUUUGACGAUCGAUAUGAGUGCUUCUCCUAAUAUCAUUGAUGAUGCUUAUGAUUUAGGUGUAAUUUCUCGGAAUGUUGACUUUAUACACGUCACCGCUUUUGAUUACUGGGGUUAUUGGGAACCGAUUACAGGAUUUCCAGCUGCAUUGUUCGCUAGAGUAAAAGACAUCGACGUCAGAUUGAAUGUCAAUUAUACGGUAUCGUAUCUAAAAUCGUUAGGAGUCGAUUUGAAGAAGAUUGUUAUCAUUGUAUCAUCGACGUCACAAACUUGGACUUUAGAUGAUUCGUCAGAUACGUCUGUCGGUGCUAAAGCUACAAAACCUGGAAAUAAAGGAUCCUAUACUCUACAUCCAGGAAUUUUAUCAUAUUACGAAACUUGUAAAUUGUUAAUGCAAGAUGGAUGGACAAUUAAAUACGACCCCGAAGCUAAAGUGCCGUAUGCUUAUCGUGGAGAUCAGUGGAUCGGAUAUGACGACGUCAAGAGUGUUUCCGAAAAGGUUAAAUACGUUAAAAAUAGUGGAUUAGCGGGCCUUGGUCUAAAUUCUCUCGAUCACGACGACUUUCGAGAUUUAUGUGACAAUGACAUUUAUCCUCUUUUAACGGCAAUUAACGACGUUCUCAAAUAAAUUUUUUAUUCUCAUUUACUCGCUUUAAUGACGAUUAACGAACGUAUAAACUUUGACAUUAAAAUAAUAAUUAUGAAAAAUAAAAUAAUCCUCUUAUUUUUUUUUUUCAUAUACUUUAACACACAUGUUCCUGCUUUUAAUGGCAAUUAAUGACGUUCUUUACCGAAUUUUUUUUUUUAAAUUUAUAUUUUAAUGACAAUUAACUAUGUUUUGGAGUGACUUUUUUUUAAUCGCUUUAAUGACAAUUAACGAUAUUCUCCAACGAAUUUCUUCACGUAAAUACUUUAAAAUUCGAUUUUUAAUUUUAUAACUUGGGAAAUAAAAUUAAAUCUUUGAAACAAUUCUCUUAUUUUUCAUAUACUUUGACACACAAACACACACACACAUACAUUUUUUUUUUCCUAUAAUUUAAUCCGUAUCAAGCGGAAUUUGAUAUCGAAUAGCAGAUGAUACUGUCAAUCACAAUAAUCGAUCGCAUUUUUCUAACAUUCUUAA